GUGAAUGUGUGACGACGAAAAAAUCAUCACCAACCAAACUAAAUCCAGCAGAGACAAAUAGACAUCCAAUCUCUCUGAGCAUUACUCACAUCACAUUUUACUUGCACUCUGUGUAGUGUGUACUCUAACAUUCAGGAUUCAGGCUAAGCGGCGGAUAGAACGUAGAAGACACAAAUUCAAAAUUAUUUGUUUGUAUCAAAUCAACUCAACUGUCGUAGAAGAUUACACUAAAACGUCACAAUAUUGUAAAGUUUCUGCAAUUUGCAAAUUUUCUACUUUCUACAAAGGGGUUUAUUAAUAACGUGUGAAACUAAAGUAUCCUGAACAAUUGAGGAUUAAGACUGAGGAUUUCGCUCAUUUUAAUAACAACAAAAAUGUUUCAAAUGCACACUGAGCUAAGGUCCCUCACGGCCCUUUGCGUGGUAGAAGACGUUUCAAAGUGCCCGUUAGGCUAUACUCCUAUUGUUCGCACUUAUGAUAGUGAGUUGGAUGCAGACCUUUGGAAGGAUGGAUUUUUUGGCCGGCGAGUGACUCGAUACGUUUGCAUUUCAAAAAGCCAAGGUAGACCGGAGCAUGUUAUCCAAGAUGUUCAGAUUUUGCAAGAAAAGGAGCUUCCCCCUGAAGGAUUUUCUCUGGUUCAACAAACUACAGAUUCUAAUCAGAAAGCGUUCAAAAAGAAACAGUUAUGCUAUAAACACUCACAUUUUAAACAAAAUGUGGAAUCCAUUGUGGAUGUUGUAAUUGUGAGCAAAUUGAAGAAUCCACCCGACGGCUACGACCACAUUGGAGAUAUUAGUGGAAUGCACUUUUUAAUCAAAAAAGUGUCCGCAUUGACAAGAUUGUCAAACUCUGGCCCACCCCAUUUGUCCCACAACUUACCAGGUGGAACGGUAUACCCUACGCUUCACGAUUCUAUGAAUAACCUUAGCAUGACAACGAAUGGAAAUGGCGUUCACAGAAACUCGUUGCCUUGUUCAGAAAAUUUUCCAUACUCCAUGCCGAAUUCACCUGCUCACAUGAUGAUACCGGGUAUGAUGGGUCAAGGACAACAACAAUCCUACCAGAAUAACACAGGGACCUAUAGCUCACAAACUAUAGCCCAUUUGACUGGUUUAGAAGGUGUGCCAUUUGUUCUACGUGAUGAUCUUCGGCCAGCAACAGGGCUAGGAAGCGUGGUGAGUCCACGCCCGCUGAAUAAAUGUAGCAUUGAAAUUAAAUCACAUGUGGACGUCGACCGUGAAUACAAGUAUGAUUUUGACGUUGAACGGGAAACAUUAUUAUGGCAAACGUGAGAAAAUAAUUGUCAGCAUCAUCGGCAACGACUGGAAAAUUAAGAGAAAUAUUUUCUACCUAUGUACUACAAACCAACUACCGCAAUGUAUGAUUGGACCUCUAAAUUAUAGCUUACCUUCCGCGUAAUAGAGGAUUAAGCUUUUUAUUCUCAUUGAUAUUUGCAAGUAACAUAAAAACCAGAAUAUUAUGACAAUUAUCAAAUUAUUAUCCAUAUUAUGCCAGUACUAUACAAGCUGUUAUUGUUGUUAUACUACGACUACUGCGAGAAUCGAUAAAUUGCUCUAUGCAGAAAAAUAAAUAUAAGUUGUGUCGAAGUA